AUUCAUUUGAAUUUUGUCUUAAACAGUGAAGUAAAGAAUAAUUAUUGAAUUGGUAUAAAGGCAGUAAUUAUUAUAAUUAUUGAUUUAUUGAAAUAAAUAAAAGGAAUUGAAUUAUCUGUAACCUACGUACUAUUACUGAUGUUAAAAUGAGUGUGAAAGGAUUUUUUAAAAGUGUACUAAAUCCUGAUGCGAAAUUUGGGGAACAAGAAGAGGAAACUGGGACCACCGGAGCCACGUCAACAACAACUUCAUUGUCUGGUUCAGCUACAGCUGGAGUAAAUAAUUUUCUGUCUGGUACAUCAAAAUUUCUUGAUUCUGUUCAAACAAAAAAGAAUGGUUUAAUUAAUGAUUUAUCGAAUAAACUAACGUCAUUAAAAAUGCCCGGCGAACAGUCAAGCAAUGAAAGUGCAAAGAAAAAGAAAUCUAGGAGUAAUGAUGAUGAUGAUGACAGUUCUGCCAGUGAAUAUGGAGAUGAUGGUGACUGUCCAAUGUAUGCAGAAGUAGCUCCAGUAGAACGCCAAGUAUCAGUUGAAAGUAUAGACAGUUUACCAGAUGAAGAUGCUGAACGACGUAAAUCGGAAAUUCGUGCCUUAGUUUCGGAUUUACUCCAACAAAGCUUGAUCGAUGAGAAAAUGGUGAAGAAUUUCAGAGAUUUCAUUGUGAGGCAUAGUGGUCGUUCAAGAUUUGCCAAAGAACUAAAAUCUCAAGCAAAGGGCAUGAAAUGUAUAUCUAAUCAAUUGCUGGAACAAUUGGCAUUGUUCAUUGGUCCAUUGUUAAAUCAAUGUAAUGAAAAUGAAGAUUAUGCUCCAGCUUAUAUAAUUAUGCAUUUAAGUUUCUCAUUAUACCAUGAAACUGUCUCUUCAAAUGGUACCGCUGAGCAAAAAUAUCUGUAUGUAUUAUUGAAAGACCAAGUGAUUUGGCAGUCGAUGAGGUUCUGGAAUGCUGCCUUUUUCAUUGCUUUACAACGUGAACGGGCUGAACGUCAAAGAUAUCCUGUCACUGAAGGUGACGAUCCAAUCCAAGCGGAAACUGACUUUCAAAACGACAUUGUAUAUUCACAGUUAAGCAAAUUUCUAUGGCGUAUGUAUACUUUAGGAAUGGGACAAGAAUUAUGUCUGGACUUUUUACGUAAACAAGCCAGUGCAACCAAUUUACCAAAUGUCAAUGGUGGAUGUUGGCCCAGAUUCAUAGAUUGGUUGAAGUUAAACAUUAACACCACUGGAUGCCAACUCAAUGGUAUGGAGGUUAAGCGCUCGCGUGCGAGUCUGAUUGGUUCUGGGUUCGGAUGUGCACACAUGAGGAUUCGUGUACUAGGACGAAACGACUGUCCAGCGCUUUCAAAUUUUCCAUGAUGGUCUACCUUCAAUUGACUUAAGAAUCCAACUAUUAAAUUACUAAUAAUAUCCACAAAACCCCUAUCUGAUUAUAUUCAGGAAUACUUUUAAUAUCUAUAUUAAUGAUAGAUUACUACAAUCUCUAUUGUUUUGUUUUAUUCUUGCCUCAUUUCAUAGAUCUAGUCAAAAUAAUUCAGAAAAAUUCUCAACAUUUCUUUGAAACCACUAGUCCUAAUGAAGUAUCACAAUGAAUGAUAAUAUCAGUUAUAUAAUAUAAGAUAUGAUCAUUGUUACAUAGAUAUUUAUUUCUUUCAUUAUUUCAUUUAUCCAAAACAGGCAAUAAUUUAUAAAUUGCUUUUCAUAUUCCAUACAAUUAUUGCGUAAUCACAUUAAUGACCUUUUUCUCUAUGAUUAUAAUCAUGGCAAAUCUAUGUUUUCUUGUUUGUUUGUUUAUCUAUCUGUCUGUCUAUCUAAUUGUUUGUCAUGUCAUCAGUAUUAUUGAUUGUUUAUUGUUAUUGUUUAAUUUGUUUGUUUGUUUUUUUUCAAUGAUUUAUUCAAGUUACAUUUACUUUUCAAAGUUCUUUUAAGUUUGUGUUUGUCUAUUGUGUAGGAAGGUACAAAAGUAUUUACUAAUUCGUCUGAUUUUAAUCUUGCAUUUUGCUUAUAUCUUGCUUUAAACUCAUUCAUUUGUCAUUGUUAAUAGAAGAAAAAAAAUCAUAAUGAUUAUUUUUGAUUGAGAUCAUGAAUCGAUUGAUGUUAGACCGCCGUUGAAAACCUGGAAGCACUGGACGGCCGUUUCAUCCUAUCGUGGGACUCCUCAGCAGUGUGCAUCCACUAUCCCGCUCAAGGGAUUCGAACCCUAAGCCUUUAGUCUCGCGCGCGAACGCCUAACCUGCUGGACCACUGAGAUUCCCGGCAUCCAAUGGUGUUAAUGUCUAACCUCAACCACUCCACGAAGUUGAGCGACCAUCUUCCAUUGUACUGAGGUAGACACCUGUUUCUACCCGACACGGAUUAGCUCCACUGGUCACGACUUCUCAUCAGAACUCUGAGAAUUUUCUAACGAAGCUGGUCACUAAUGAGCACAUUGUAAUUAUCAUAAUGAUUAUUUACUACUGAAAAGAAUGUUUUUAUCCACUUGAACAAUGAGCUAUCAGGUUUAAACAAUAUGAUAUAAUGGAAUGGAUUUUGUGGAGGUUGGUUCACUUCUCAAGAUGAUAUUCAUUAUAAAUUGUUCAUAGUUGAGGUG